AUGCCAAUUGCAAAUGUGCGAGGUCUUCAUCUUCAUUAUGACGUGGUCGGACAAUCCGGCCCAUGGAUUGCAUUCAUGCCGGGUGGUCGAAAAGCAGGGCACGAAAUCCAGUCUCUGGCGAAGAAGAUCGCUAGUACAGGCUACCGUGUACUGCUUCAUGACAGGCGGAAUUGCGGUGCAUCCGAUGUGAUGAUCGAGGGCGAUCAGCCCGAAUACGAAAUCUGGGCUGAUGAUCUUUAUGAAUUGUUGAAACAACUCGAUGCAUUUCCGGUAAUCAUUGGUGGUUCAUCAUCGGGCUCUCGGACAGCAUUAGUUCUGGCACUCAAACAUCCCGAGUUGAUCCGUGCAUUACUGCUUAUGCGUGUCACAGGUGGUUCCUUUGGUUGUACAUUAUUAGCAGAAGAGUAUUACGGCAAAUUCAUCAGAAUCGCUGAACAGAAUGGCAUGGCUGCGAUUUGUGAAACCGAUCACUUUGCAGCGUGUAUCAUGGCACGACCUGUUAAUCGUGAACGACUGAUGUCGAUGGACGCUGCCCAUUUUAUUUCAGUGAUGAAGAACUGGAGCCGUUAUUUCAUCAAUGGUAUCGAUCAACCAGUUCUUGGCGCAGAUGAAGAUCAACUUCGAUCACUUCGAAUACCCACGUUCAUCAUUCCAGGAAAUGACAAGACUCACCCUCGCGAUGUGGGCGAAAAACUCCAUCAACUUCUUCCAUGUAGCAAAGUAUCUAUUGUCAUUGAUGAGCAAUUAGAUGUUGAUUAUGCGCCUUCCGAAGAUUGGGUAGCGCAAUAUGACAUUUUGGCAGAACGUUUUACAAAUUUUAUCGUACGAAACACGUAA